AUGGGCGACCGGGACUCAUGCAGCCAGCGCGACUCGCGCGCCGACCGCUACGGCGGCGACAGCGAUGUCACGGGUGGUGGUAGCGGCGGUGGCGGUCGGUACAACAGGGCGCGCUACCGCCGUGAGGACGCCGAUGAUGACGGCCACGAUCCGUUCCGGCACCCGCCGCGGCAGCAGGGCGGCGAUCACGGCUCUGGCAACCACGACCUCCACGCCCGCCGGCUGCGCCAUCCGCGCACCGAGGGCGGUGACGACGGCUACGGCGCCCCGUGGCAGCACCAGCAGUUCAUGCCCUACAUGAGUCAAGGUGGUGCAGCCGGCACGGGCUUCCCGUACCGUGAAAUGAUGCCGAUGAACGCUCCGCAAGGCUUCCAGGGUGGUCCUGGCGGAGGCAACUUCGGCCUGCCGUUCAUGAGCGGCGGCGACCCCGGGGCGAUGCCGUUCGGCUUCAGCGGCGGCCCAAGCCCGAAUGGCAACCAUCACAGCGGGGGUGCUGGGAUGAGCUCGGAUCAGCUGCUCCAGUUUCUCCUGCAACAGCAACAGCAGCAGCAGCUGUCAUCAUCGCCGCCGCCGCUACCGCCACGGGAGCGCGCCGAGGAGCGAGGCGACAGGAAGAACACGGGACCGAACUCGGCCCCCGCACCAACACGAGUGCUGCCGUCCGUGGAGGAAUUUGUGCCGGUGGUGCCGAAAAGCCUCAUGAACCUCGUCGUAGGCGGCGGGACCCUGGGCGGUGGCGAUGGCGACGCGGCAGCCGCAGGCUCGACUACUUCGCAGCCCCAGCAGACUGGUAAUGGGCAAAGCGGGGCACUCGUUCUGUUGGAGGCGCCCAAGAUCGGGCCGGACGCGGACCGCCGCGCGCGCGAGCAGCGCCGCGCGCACGUGUCCGGCUUCCCGCUCGGCACCACGCGCGAGGAGCUGGAGGACUAUUUCCAGCUCCUCCUGCCGGAGGUCCGCCGGCUGCAGACGGAGCGCCAAAUCCGGGAGCUCGCGGAGCGGGUUGGGCUGAUCGAGGAGGAGGGGGAGGCGGCGGUGCGGCACGUCCCGGCCACAGCGAAUCUGGCGUGCAUUGAUGAGGUGAAGAGCCUCACCGUGAGCGCUGGCAGGGCCAAGUCCUUUAGCUUUAUUGAGCUGCGGCUGGCGGACAUGAUCGACGAGCUGGUGAGCCAGAGUGCCGCCGACCCGCACCGCUUCCUCUUCAACUCGUCGUUGGAUGGCCAGACGUACCCGCUGAUGAUCCGACGGCCGCGCGACGCGGACCCGCUGACGGGGGUGGACGAGUCGAAGGUGGUCCUCGUUGGCUUUCCGCCCUCGAUGCCGGAGGAGUCUAUCAAGCCCGUCUUCGAGUCCUACGGCAAGCUGCUGAAGUUCGAGCUGCGCAACGGCUACGCGUACGGAGAGUUCGAGGAGCUUCGGGACGCCACGGACUUCCGCGCGGAUGUGCACGGCGUCGUGCUGGGCAACAACAUGGUCAUUGCCUUGCCGCUCUACGACUGGCUGAAGGCGCUGCUGGUGCGUGAGGGUAUCGAUGUCACGGUCGAGGACGACGACCCGGUGUCGGGCAAGUACGUCAUGAAGCAAGUGCGUGAGCGGCUGCCUGAGACAUCAGUGCUCGGUGGGGCUGGUGCGCAGGCCGGCGCGGCCGCCGGCGGCGCCGCGGGAGGCGACGCUGGGGCUAGCGGCAGCUCGGCGCUCGUGGCGGUCUCCGAGGACCCCGAGGCGGCGUCGCUGCAGAUCAUGCGGGAGCUGCUGGACAUGACCUUCACGUUGCCGGACAUGCUUGCCCGCUUCGCCGCCCUCUACCCUCACCUGCGCCCCCUGUACGCGAACUCGCAGCUCACCGUCUACGCCACGCCGGUGCUGGUCUUGCUGAACCUCUUCGACGAGGAGGAGCUUGUGUACGACAGCAAUUACUCGCAGCUGCUGGCCGACAUCGAGGAGGAAGUCGAGAAGUACGGUCGCGUGAAACGGCUUGUCGUGCCACGCCGCGAGGCCCGGCCGAAGCUACCCGAAGCGCCGAAGCCCGGCGUCGACUACGACGAGGCCGACGAGACGGCCAAGGCGGCGGCCAUGGCGGCGUACAGUGAGGCCAAGAAGAGCUUUGGCGCGGAGCUCGGGCGCUACAUGAACCGGCAGACUCACCCCGUGUGGGGCGGCUACGGCCGUGUCUUUGUGGAGUACGAGGCAGUGGACGAGGCGGCAGAGGCGCAGCAGCGGAUUGCCGGCAAGCUGUUUGGGGAGCGCACCGUCGUGACGUCCUUCCUCUUCCCUGAUCUUAUAAAAGACAUGGACGAGGAGGCGGCGGAAGCGGAAGCGGAAGCGGAUGCACAAGGUGGGGACGGGAAGGGUGCUGGCAGCGAUGAUGCCGACGAGGAGGCCAAGGGCGGAGAGGGUGACGGUGACGGCGAAGCAGCGGCAGCGGCAGAGAGGGAAGACGCUGAGGCACCGUCAUCUUCGCAGCUGCGGAACGACGCCGAGGUGUCGGGCGAUGCACCGGACGAGGUAGCAGCCAAAACGCCCUCGGUGCAUACCGAGGACAUCGACUGA